ACCGAGCAGCUGCAUGCAUUAAAAACGCGCAAAGUAUGCUGCAGGCAGUUACUAUAUACGUAUGUGCUUGUAUGUAUUGUAUGUAUGUAAGUAUGUACGAGCCCGUGAGCUCUGUGCGCAGUGCUGAAGAGAAAGACAGACUAUUCGUGUGUGCAAAUGUAGUCGACAGAACGUCGCGUAUAAUGGCGUAGUGCGUUUGUCCUUGUGCGAGUAUGUGAUUUUUCUUCGUUGCGAGAUCGUAGCUUUGUUACGUGCUUAGUGUAUUAGCGUUAAAUUCGAUCGUUUCUCGACACAUUAUCCCAUAUAUUGUAUAUAGCACAUUCAUAUAAGCACAGGCGUACCAGAGUAUUGGCUCAGUCGCGUACAGAGAAGCCUUGGUGAUAUCCAAUUAGCAUUUUCCAACUUUCUUAGACUGUUUAUUAUGCUACGGGCCAGCGAGAGUAGAUCAGUUAUCGACACUUUUUCAAGUCACGAGUGCAUUAUCGCCUUAAGGUUUGCUGACUGCUGCAGUUCUGCGGCAGCUCAUAACGCGAAAGGUAUCGCUGUGCAGAGGCGAGGACGGCUCUCAUGAUGAUGAUGACAUCAGUCAGUUAGAGAAAACGUGUUUUAUGAGUGCGUAGAUCGCAGAUAUAUACUUGUGCACCUGUUGCUGCACUCGGUAGUCAUUUUAUAUUCGUCACACAUUCCAUAAAUUGCGUAUACCUUAACAUUUAUGUAUACGUUUAUUUGAUUUAUAUAAACAUACAUUUGAUGUUACAAAUACUGAGUCUGUGAUUUGUGUUGAUAUUACUUUUCUUUGUUCUCUUUUGUAUACACUCAUACUCAACACGUACUCAUCAAAGAAAAAUUAUAUUUGGAUCUUUUGUGAUGCUGACAACUUAAAACUCUAAAAAUGAAGGUAACAGUUUGUUUUGACCAUAUCAGAGUUGUAGUGCCAUGCGGAGAUGGCAGUCUGCUUGUGCGAGAUCUAAUGCACGAAGCCAUUCUCAGAUAUAAAAAGGCCACUGGCAAAAGUGACAGUAAUUUAUCCAUCAGUAGUCUGUCUUCCCUUACCACAGGAGGUAUUUUGGAUCCCGAUGACAGAUUGUGUGAUGUUGCUGACGACAGAGAGCAAAUUGUAGCUCAUUUUAGUGGAUCAGAUGUGAUACAUGCUGGAGGUGAUGGAGCCAGUUCUGUUGGCACAAAUAGUCCUGAUUUCUUUCAUGUUGACAACAAGGAGCACCGUAUUUACCAGAGUAGAUCAACCGGCAAUAUCAAGAGAGAAAGUACUAAGAGAUUAUCUAUGCAUGUUCUUUCCUCAAGAGAACCAUACUUAGCUACCUACUCAGCACUUUCUCUUCCAAGGGAAACUAGAAGAAAGGAGCCCUUGGGUGAAGAUGCCAAAGCUUAUUAUGAUUUACCUAAUGUGAAAUCUGAUAUUAUUGGUCAAGGAGAAAUUAAAGAAAUUGUAAUUAAAAAUGAACCAGGACCUCUUGGUUUACACGUUGUACCUUGUUACGAUUUGCUUGGAAAUGAUCAAGGACUCAGAGUGGAAGGAAUUGAACCAAACGGAAGAAUAGCUAGAGAUGGACAAAUUGAUUUGCAUGAUAAAAUACUUAAAAUAAAUGGUCAUAAUUUAUUGAGAAUGCCAUACACAAAAGUUCAAGAAAUCUUUAGAUUAUGUAUGAAUGAGUCUUGUUUAAAAAUAUCUGUGGUAAAAUAUAAGAAGAUCCAAGAAAAACAAGUACAAAAUGUCCCACACUCAUCUAGCAGUACUGAAAAAGCAGUUGAUCACGAUGACAGUUUUAAAAGACUGCAGUGUACUAAUCAGAAUUUAUUACAAACAGCUAAUACUCGAAAAAUUGGUAAAAUGAUUGAGAUUGAAUUGACUAAAGGCAAUAAUGGCUUGGGUUUCAGUGUUACAACUAGAGAUAACCCAGCUGGUGGCCAUUGUCCAAUUUAUAUUAAAAAUAUACUCCCCAAAGGUGCUGCAGUUGAAGACGGCAGACUAAAACCAGGAGAUCGUUUAUUAGAAGUAAAUAAUUUAGAAAUGACUGGCAAAAGCCAAGCUGAAGUUGUUGCCUUGCUUCGAAGCAUUCCACCAGGAGGUAAAGUACAAUUGAUUGUGUCACGUCAGGAAGAAGCUUGUUCAGUAUCUAAUAAUGUAGCAGAUGUAAAUGUUGGUGUUCCCAUUACAACACCUGAUGUUCAUAAUAAUUUGAAAUCUUCUCAUGAAGUACCAAUUUCAAAGAGAGAAGAAAUACCAGAAUCUUAUGAUAAGCGUGAUUAUAAAACGAUGGACGUAUCAGAAGAUUUAAUAAUGUCAUUGAAAAAGAAGCGAUCUGUCUUAACUUUAGACAUUCCAGUUCAUGACUCUGAAAAAGCUGGUUUAGGAGUCAGUGUGAAAGGUAAAACUAGUACAAGUGAAGAUAGUACUAAUAUAGAUCUAGGGAUUUUUAUCAAAAAAGUUCUAACCGGCGGUGCUGCAUCAAGAGAUGGUAGACUAAGAAUGAAUGACCAACUGCUGAACGUCAAUGGUGUUUCUUUACUAGGUCUUUCAAACUCUGAUGCAAUGGAAACAUUACGUAGAGCCUUGCUUCACACUAACAGUUCUAUUACUGGUGUUAUUACUCUUGUAAUCGCUCGUAGAGUAUCAGCUUACGAAAGUUCAUCAGAAAAAAGUUUUGAAAAAGUAUCCUCAUCUUCAUCAAAGGGAGAGUUUACAAAUACCAUUUAUGUCUCAAACUCAAAUUCAAAACAAAGCGAUGGACAUAUACAACAGAAAAAUGAUUUAAAUUCACAGACUCAUUUAUUAGAUAAUGGUUUACUUUCAUCAUCCAAUUCUCCAUGGAAUCCUGUCAUCGACAGACUUACAGAACAGUAUAAUAAAAAUAGUCUAAGAAAUGAAAGCUACUGCCUUGCAACAAACAAAAGUUGGAUGGAACCAGCCAGUAUUCCAAAAAAACGAAGUAUUGGUCAUCAAGAAGAUCGUUUAGAAUCAGUAUUAAAAGAAGAACCCAAUGAAAAUUCACACAAUUCAAAUGCUGAGGCGAAAAAAGGUAUCGAUGAAAAAGACAGUCAGUAUUCCGGUGAUCCUGCCUACGACAGCCAAUUGUCCCUUGAAGAGUCCUUCAACUCGUCAGCGAAUAAAUUUUCCCGCGACGCCUUGGGUCGACAGAGCAUGUCCGAAAAGAGACACGCAGCUUUGGAUGCCAAAAGCACGGACACUUACAAGAGGAACAAAAAACUUCGCGAAGCUCGGGAUACCAGUGGUAAGUCCGAGGAUUCAAAAAAUCACAGUAAAAAAGACACUUUUGAAUCCACCAACAGCAGCAAGUCGUCUAUGAGCAUUGGUGAAACUUCGAAGCAUUUACAGUCCGAUUACGUGUACACCAUUCCAGGAGGCAAUAGCAAAACUUUACCUCCACGUAAACAUUGGUUAGUCGACGACCCCCACCAUCAUCAUCACCACCAUCGUGCCGAUUUAUCCAACAACAGCAGCAACAGCAAUCACAGCAGCAACAAAGAUGAUCAGCCUUUUUCAAACGCACGGAGCGAUAUCAAGCAGCAAUCGUUGAACUCGGCUCUGGACGAUCGUUACAAGCGCUCCAGGAAAAAGACGGGAAUCAGAUCUAUGCUUCGUCUCGGCAAAAAUCGUAAAUCAUUGAAUUUUGGUGAUAACAUGGAUAAUCGACACGAGACUAGUAAUUAUUGCAGCGGGACGAUUAAUUAUAUAGCAUAAUAAAUUAGAAAUAAUCAAUAUAUUUAUUUUUUUUAACUAUCGUGAUUUCGAAUAACCGUUUUUGAAGGUUUAUGUGUACUGAAAAAGUUUUUUAUUUAACUAUAGAUUUUGCAUUGAACAUUUUAUUGUUUGAAUUUUUAUGUAAUAUUUUUUACGCAUACUAGAAAAAUAUGAUUCCAGCGUGUUUAAUGCAUUAUCACUUUGUGAGUCGUUCUGUAAAAACCGUUCCAAAGUGCCUUACUUAAUCGUCAAAAAAAAAAGUAAACUACGAAAAAAAAUGUUCUAUAGAAAUAAUUAAUACUUGUAAAUAAACGUAUAAUUUUGUAUUACACUUUGAUAAAAUUUUCUUGUAGACGCUUGCCUUUGCAAGUUGGCGAGGCAGUGAAAAUUAUGUAUUUUAUGUUAGAGCGAAAAAUUUUCAAAUCAGCGUUAAAAUUUUAAGCUAACAUCUACGUUUUGUAUAGGAUUUCCGCCCAAUUACACAAACUGUAAAUGUUAUAACCAAAUAUAAAUUUUAUAUAUGAGAGUAGUUUCAUUGAUGCGUAGAGGGCCUUACGUUGGAACAAUUUUUUAUAAAUAUUUUAGCUUUUCAACCGAAUCUAGUGUCAGUUUUAAUUCAGCAGCAGAGAUUUCGCAGCAAGAUAAACAUUCAGAAGCCUCGAGCCCCACAUCGU